GUUUGCCGAUCACACUUGAAAGCUCCCACCACCUAACCGCACAUGUCUUCAGGACCUUCCAAAUCCAUCCCUUCGGCGUCCUCUGGCAGAACCUUAGAGGAUAUCGAUAAGCUUCUCAGUCGCGAGUCUAAUGCACUGAACCGGGAGCUCGAGGUUGAACGUAUCCUCAAGGCUUUCAAACUGAAUCCGUAUGAUAUCCUGGACAUAGAUGAAUCUUCUACUACUGAAGAGAUCAAGAAACGAUACAAGCAACUCUCGCUGAUCAUUCACCCCGAUAAGACACCUCAUCCUCGUGCACCGGAGGCUUUCGACAUUCUCAAGAAAGCCGAGUCCGAGCUUUCUGAAGAGACGAAACGAGAGAAUCUAGAUGCCGUGAUCCUCCAGGCCAAAAAUCUCAUUCUCAAAGACCUUUCGCUACCGGUGUCGACUCUGAGCACAGACUACGCGCUUCGCGGUUUAGAGCCCAGCUUCAAGACGCGCUUGCGGCAGAAGUCAAAGGACCUACUUAUCGAGGAGGAGCUUCGACGGCGCAAAGCUAUCAAAAUGAAUCUUGCCAAUGAAGGGCUGGAGGCGAGAAUGAAGGAACAAGAGGUCGAGACCAAGAAGCGUAAAGCAGAGGAUGAUAAGACAUGGGAAUCGAAUCGAGAGGAACGAGUUGGUAGCUGGCGUAAUUUCGCUAAUGGCGGGAACAAGAAGAAAAAGAAGAACAAACCCACUCUUCUGGGAUGAACGGUGUUGUUCACGAUUAACCCGUUGUAAAGUGUAUUCAUUUCUAUUCCUUGUCAUCAUACAUAUUUUGUUAUCUAGCUCGCGACCAUCGGCCUGCUCACAGUCAGUCGUCCGAUAUAUCGAUAACAUUCUCGAACAGUCGGCGUCGAACAUGUCGUUGAGGGGCGGGCACGUUUUCCUUGUCAUCCAUUUCUUCGUCGUCAUCGAUUGUGAUGACCUCUCUCGGCGCAGAUUGAGAAUUGCGCUCUAUGUGAUCCAGCACUUGGAUCGUCUCCGCAUCUAUCAUAUCCAUUUCGCCAUAGUCGGAUGAUGCAGCAUCUUCCAGCGGCGGCGGUUGCGACAAUCCUUUGUUCUUUGAGCGCAACUCUACAGUCGGUCGAGCAUCGACGCCGGAAGUCCCUAAAGGUAGAUUUGACUGUCCUCGUCGUCCGAGAUGUCAAUUUCGAUGGGCGCGCUGCGAGUCGGGGAGAGAGCAAGACCCAUUCUAGGGCUUGCGGCGGGGACAGCGCCUGCAGCACUUCCGCUAGAGGGGAAGUACGGAGAAGUAACGAUAGUCGAGGACGACGAAACUGACGGGGGCGGACCGGGUACUCGCCGCCUUCUGGGCUGUUCUUCGUCGUCCGAAUGAUUAUGCAAGCCAGCAGCCGGAGGCGAAGGUGGCUGCGAUAUCUCGCGAAGUGGAGAUCGCAUUUCCUGGGGUGCUGGUGCUUGAGACACUUCAGGUUGGGGCUCCAGGUUUCUGCACACGAGUCUCAAAGUAGGAAAGAAUUGUAGCAGUGAAACACACCCUAAUCUGUGCCUCAAUUCACGGGCGAAGUCUGUAGACUGCUGGACUUCACGAUCCUCAGUCUUCUGCCCCUUGAACUCGACACAAGACGGUUCAAGAAAGGCCAUUCCUCGUCUCAUCAGAACAUUCUUCAAUAUUAACUUUCCCUGCGUCAAUGCCCGUAACGUGGAACGUACAAUUCAAGACCUACUUUAUAUCCCAGUGGUGUGACUCCAAGGUUCAGCUCAGGCAGAGGUCGAUACUCAAAGGCAGACACCUUCGAAGCACCAUCACUCAGCUCAAAUCUGAGCAUACUACGCGGAUAAUUAGGCACAGCGCCUUCUCCGUCAACUUCUAAAUCCACUUCGUCGUCUCCUUCAAUUUCCCCGGCUGCAAGCCGUUCAUCUCUAACCACGCGGACCUGAUCCAGCGCCAGGGCGCUGGCUCCGACCUCGGUGAUCGCGACGAUUUCGACCAGCACGGGCCCGCGAAGAGUCCCCGAUACUGCUGUAAGGAGGGACAACGGAAUCCCCGUUCCGUGACACAUGGAAUCGCAUAGAUCGGAUUGGAGCAGUUGCGCCUCGACGUUCUGAAUAAUGGAUGCCAUGUGGGUGGCAGGAUCGAGCUCGUGUUCUGUUAUGACCCAGUUAUAACAAGCGUCGAGCCACUCGGGAUCCACUUGAGGAGAUGGAUAGUGUUCCCGAAGCCAGCUUAUUAGACGAGGAGGAAUAGCGCUCAUGUGGAGCAGUGAAAGACGUCGCGAUGAGAGCUCUCAGUGAGCCCUGG